ACAAUCUUGAUGACGAGUGAGCACAAUGAUGGAUGAGAUCCGGACCAAAGUGUGGCUCUGUGUUGUCCUCAUAGCAAGCCGACCAUGCUCAGGUGUCUCCCUCAGAAAUUGCGAAGAAAUUCAGUCUGCAGGAUUCACAGAUGAUGGAGAGUACCUCAUAGUUCCGGAUGGAUUUCAACAGGGCGAGGGGAUGUUUUGGGUCCGCUGCGAAAGGACGGAUGCUGGUAUGUUGACUGUGAUACACCACGAUCAUGAAUCCCCAAGGCUAGUUGGUGAAACAGACCCUUAUAUCGAGACUCUAACGUACGGUGGCGAUAAGGGCAGCCCAUCCAUCCAGCAGUUCGCAUCGCUCAUCGCAACGUCUAGGUCUUGUGAACAGUCCUUCACAAUGAAGUGUCUUGGAACUGACAUCUGGAGCGAAGAUUUUAAGGAGACUGUAACGGUGCAGUGGCGAUCGCGACAGGGAGACCUUGUCUGGGAUUGGGGAGUGUCUGAAGGCAUGGGAUGCAAAUGCAAUUAUACUGGUGAGUUAGUCCUAAAAUUGAACGAGUAUAAUUACGAUGUUUGA